UAAUACCAGCCUCGUGUCGUCACUACUGGAGUUAAACAAUCGGCGAUUGAAACCAGGAAACUGCUUAUAAAACUUGAUUUUAUUUGUAAAAUAUAACUUUUUAUACGACGCAACAUAAAGAUAUGAUGUCUCCAGUAUAUAAAGGACCUAGGCCUACGGGUGGAUGGACAGCAUUAAUAUGUGCAUCAUUCACUGAAAAUCCUCAAGUCGUUGAUGUUUUGAUUCAAUGUGGUGCAAAUCAAGAUUUGAAAACCAAUGAUGGAUGGAUGGCAUUAAUAAGUGCAUCAUUCACUGAAAAUCCUCAAGUCGUUGAUGUUUUGAUUCAAUGUGGCGCAAAUCAAGAUUUGAAAACUAAUCAUUCGGUCAGCAGGCAGAUUGACUUGACUGACAGGUUCAAGAGAUAUUGAAGGAUGGAUAACACCAGAAGUAAUUAUUAAUUAGAAGUAAGUAUUGUAAUUGUUAAUCCUUAAAACUAUUAAGUUUUUAAAUGCUGAGCCACUUGUUUCUGCAUCAUGCAUUUCCUCAAAAGCUUUUUCCAGACAAUUUUUUUUUUGCUCUACUGUUGAGCUAUAUAAAGUUUGUACUGACAACAUUUGGUGCUGUUCAAAGCAUUUAUUACAGUCGAGUCCGCCAAAGUCGACUUUGUUUAAGUCGAAAAUUCGCGUCAGUUGAAUUUUUGAAAAAGUUC